GCGCGCACUGCCUUCUCCGACUGAACAGGCCCAACCCAAACCAAACCCCCGCGCCCGCGCCGCCGCCGCCGACGACGACGGCAGCAUCCCACCGUUCUUCUCGGGCGCCUCUUCGGAAGCAUCCUCGAUCUACCCCGUAAUAUAACUGUACAAGAGUGCAGUUGCUUCUCCGAAUUUCCAGCGCUAAAUCUUCUCGUCCCUCCGCUGGAUCAGUGGAAACCCACCCGUACCAACCUUACCCCCAUUUCUUGUUGGGUACUUGGAUAUGGGAAUCUACAACCAUAUUUGGUCAACUGCCAAGAAGAAUGUAAUGGCAGUUCUACUUGGCGUCACCAUUUCCGAUCGUUGUGUGACAUUCGUCUCGGUGACUGGUGAAUCUAUGUAUCCUACCUUCACAGCAGCCAACAGUGUCUUACAGGGUGAUUUCGUUUUAGCAGAAAGAAGAUGCCUUGAGAAGUACAAGUUCUCACAUGGUGAUGUGGUUUUGUUCAAGUGCCCUAGCAAUCAUAAGGAGUUGUUUGUGAAGAGAUUGAUUGCACUUCCUGGUGAGUGGAUACAGCUCCCUGGGUCCCCUAAGGUUACUAAGAUCCCAGAAGGGCAUUGCUGGGUUGAAGGUGAUAAUGCUGCUCGUAGUUGGGAUUCUCGAGCAUUUGGCCCAAUUCCCAUAGGUCUAAUUCAGGGGAGGGUGACCCACAUCAUUUGGCCACCCUCAAAGAUUGGCCAAGUGGAGAGAAAGAUGCCUGAAGGGAGAAUUUCACCUGUUUGAUUUGGCUCCCUACUACAUGGAUGAAAAUUCAUUUAUAACAUAAACUGCUCAAUUGCCAUUUAUGAUAUGAUAGUAGAAGUGUAGAUCGAAAUUUGAGCCUUACAAGUUUUGGCACCAGUUUUGUCUACAGUUCCUUCUGUUCACCAUUCUGCUGUUAUGUACUUAUGUAAGCGGCUUGGUUUUUUAGACAAUCAAGUGGAAAACUCCCAUCAUGGGCCAUUUGCAUCGUGUCAUAUGUUCUGUAAAGGCAUAAGUACAUAUUAGUAGUGAAUGAACAAAGUUCCUGUGAUUGCACUGGGGUAUUUGUAUUCUGAGCUCUUGAAAAA